AUGUCAUGCCCGGAUUGUUACCGCGGCUCUGUCCACGAAGGCGAGCCGCGGGGCACCGUCACUCGCGCCUACGGUCUCGAGACCUACGUCGUCGAACCAGCUGAUGGGACGCCCCUGAAAGGCAUUGCCGUCAUAAUUCCAGAUGCUUUUGGAUGGGCCUUUGUCAACACAAGGCUUCUUGCGGAUAAGUAUGCCGACCAGGGCGGGUUCAAGGUGUAUGCUCCUGAUUUCAUGAACGGACGACCUGCACCGUUGUACAUGAUUGACGACAUGAAGAUUAUAUCAUCGAAGGAAGCUGGAAUCUUCUCCAAAAUCUAUCACUUCUUCCAUGCUAUGGGCGGCAUGCUGCCCUUCAUCACCUACAAUUGGCCCACCAGGGCAUGGCCAAGAGUCAAAGGCUUCUUCGAGCAGCUCCGCAAGGAAGAAGGCGCUUCACUACCAGUUGGCGCCGCGGGCUUCUGCUGGGGAGGCAAGCAAGUCAUUCUGCUGGGUCGCGGAGACACAAUCGACGGACGACCGCUGAUUGACGCUGGAUUCACCGGACACCCAAGUAUGUUAAGUCUCAACAGCGACAUUGAGAACCUGAAACUGCCAGUGUCGUUUGCAAUGGCCGAGCACGAUGACUACCUCUCUGUGGAAAAGGCAGAGGCUAUCAGGGCCAUUGUUGAGGCGAAGCCCGAACCGGCUCGCGGAGAAUUAACUAUCUAUUUAAAGGCUGGACAUGGGUUUUGUGUUCGAGCGGACCACAAGUUUCCUGACUCUUUGCAGCAGGCAGAUGAUGCGACUGAGCAGUGCAUCAAGUGGUUUACGGCCCAUUUUAGCAAUUUCACACAGCCCUCUUGA